AUGAAGAUUGUCUACUUGAUCUGGAUUGCAUCGUUGGUCGUCUUUGGAAGUGUUGAAUCACAACCAGACUCAGAUCAGUCAGGAAACACUGAGUCAUAUGUCUACGAUGAACAGUUGACGAACAACCCUCAAUUCGAGUCAGAAACACCAGAAUCACAACCAGACUCAGAUCAGUCAGGAAACACUGAGUCAUAUGUCUACGAUGAACAGUUGACGAACAACCCUCAAUUCGAGUCAGAAACACCAGAAUCACAACCAGACUCAGAUCAGUCAGGAAACACUGAGUCAUAUGUCUACGAUGAACAGUUGACGAACAACCCUCAAUUCGAGUCAGAAACACCAGAUGAAUACAGGAAGGCACUGGAAGAAGAUACCUCUUUUAAUUACAAAGUUCUCGCUAAUAAAGGAUUAUACAAUCAGACGAAAACGCAUAUUUCAAAGAAAUGGGAAAAUCGAAAAACUCUCGAUAUUUUAGAAGACAAAUAUUUUGCGGAAACAUCAAGCAAUUUGAUGAAAGACGAAGUUGAAAUUGAAAUGAUAAAGAAGCAUUUGAAGGAGGCGAAGGAAGCAGUGAAAACAUCCAGAGUUAAGCUUGAAUGGCUGGAAGAGGCAGCAGUCACUGCAACUCAUCAACACAGAGAUAUUUUAAGUACAAUGAAGCAUUGA